AAAACGAGCUAGCUUUGAAGCAGCUCGUCUCUAAGAGCCACUCCACUCCCCAUCUCUCAUCCGUUUCUAUGACAACAGACACUAAGCCGGAGGAGUUUGUGUUCAGGGACGAAUCGGAAGUUGUGAGAGCAAGUAAAACAGGCAAGAAUGGAACAAACAGAAAUACGAAGUACUACGAGCCACUUGCAGAAGUGCUGCCAUCCACAUUUUCCACCGCUGCAUCCGAAACACCUGGAGAGCUCAAGCCUGUCAUUGUAGAUGCAAUUAAUAACAGUGAUGGUCAGUACGAAGCGGUGGAUUCAAGCCUUGCCUAUUUGCUGAUGGACAGCACCUUGACAACGGAGGAAGGUUCACAUCUAGCCAAACACCUAGAGAAACUUCUCAAACUACCCAGAGGAACAUUUUCAAAUGUCAGGUAA